CGCUUUCAUUCAGCUGGCACUGACACGCGUUGGUUUUAUUUGGGCUACAUUUAGUACAACAACAACCCGAAAACGGAAAGUAGUUUUGCGACUGGUUAGACUUUCAACAAGGAUCUUGAGUGACACAUUAAUCGAGUCAGCAAUUCAAAUACAACAUGUCUAUUAAUUUGCGCACCGUUUACGCAUUUGCGAGAGAAAUGUACCCAAAAAUUUCAAAGGAACCCAUACAGUACGGAACAGCUGGGUUUCGCGGCAAAGCCGAGUUCUUGGACAGCGUAAUGUUCCGUAUGGGCGUACUCGCAACGCUGCGUUCCCGCUAUCGGGAGGGCGCUGUCAUCGGUGUCAUGAUCACAGCCUCGCAUAAUCCGGAGCCCGACAAUGGCGUUAAACUAAUCGAUCCAAAGGGUGAAAUGUUGGAGGCCAGCUGGGAGAAAAUAGCCACAGAUUUGGUGAACGUAAGCGAUCAGGAUCUGGAGCAGCAUGUCGCAAAGAUAAUUAAGGACAAUGAAAUCGAUGUAACCUCAAGCUCCUAUGUCUACGUUGGCAUGGACAAUCGCUAUCAUAGCCCCCGCCUGCUGAAAGCUGUUGCGGAUGGUGUUAUUGCGCUGAAAGGAAAUGUACGAGAAUUUGGAAUAGUCACAACGCCCAUGAUGCACUUCUUCGUGGUGGCAGCCAACACAAAGGAGGCCUAUGGCAAGCCCACAGAGGAGAGCUAUUACGAGAAACUCAUUACCGCCUUUGAGAAACUUCGCAAUGGUCAGCUGGAAAACGGCAACUAUCGAAACCGUCUGAUCUUCGAUGGCGCAAACGGUGUCGGUGCCAGAAAAAUGCUGCAGUUCAUCAAACGCAUGAAUAGCUCGCUGGAUGUGACAGUCAUAAACCAGGGCAUAGGAAACGGCAAAAUUAACGAGCAGUGUGGUGCUGAUCACGUCAAGGUGCAACAACGACCCCCCGUAUCCAUGCCCAUAGUGGAACCCUAUACACGCUGUGUGAGUGUCGAUGGCGAUGCCGAUCGAGUGGUCUACUUUUUCAGCGAUGAAACGGGAACGUUCAAGCUCCUGGACGGGGACCGGAUCGCCACUCUUGUGGCUGGCUACUUAAUGGACUUGAUUAAAAGCUGCGAGCUGGAUCUGCGAUUGGGCCUGGUACAGACUGCCUAUGCCAAUGGGGCGUCCACAGAUUACAUUGUCAACGAAUUGAAGGUGCCCGUGUCUUGUGUGCCAACGGGCGUAAAGCAUUUGCACCACAAAGCCUUGGAGUAUGAUAUUGGCAUCUAUUUCGAGGCCAAUGGCCACGGCACCAUUGUGUUCAGUGAUAAUGCUAAACAAACGAUCGGCGAAGCAGCCAAGACCAAGCCCAGUGCAGAGACUUUACUGCUCGUAAUAGAUCUCAUAAAUGAAACUGUCGGUGACGCAAUCUCCGAUAUGCUUUUGGUGGAGACGAUCCUAAACCACAAAGGCUGGGACGUUAAGGACUGGAUCUCUAGCUACACCGACCUGCCAAAUCAACAGCUCAAGAUACAGGUUCAGGAUAGAAACGUCAUCGAAACCGCGGAUGCGGAACGUGUGUGUGUCAAGCCGGAGGGUCUACAGGAGGAAAUAAACAAAGUCGUCUCAAAUUAUAAGCGUGGACGUGCAUUUGUGCGUCCUUCCGGCACAGAGGAUGUAGUACGUGUGUACGCCGAGGCUUCAACGAAAGAGAAUACUCAGCAGUUGGCGUACGAGGUGGGACGAUUAGUUCAAAAGCUUGCCGGCGGAAUCGGACCGGAAUUGGUUAACCCAAGCAAUGCUCACUUGUAGUCAGUGUCAAUAGGAAAGGCUCGUGAAGCUAGACAUAUGUGCUUGCGCAUAAUCUCGCACAGACUCGCAUUUAACCAGCGUGCUUAAUUGAUAGACUUUACUCAAGCAAUAAACUUAAACACAGCCUUAAUAUA